AUGUUUAUACGCGCAAGUACGAUCUUUACGUAUAUAUAUUAUAUCCUAUUGUUCUAUAAAUACUGUAUGCACUCAUAUGGAUUAAAUUUCAAAAAGACGAAUAUAAGGGAAAUGUUUUUACCUAAUAUAAAAUUAACUGAUAAAUCCAGCUUAAUGAAAAUAAGACGAAAAAAUUUUAUAAAUUAUAAAAAUAUUGAAAAGAGAAAAGAAAAAUGGAUUGAUGAAAUAAAUAAGGUUAAUAAAUUUUCCCUAUUUAAAAGCUGUAAAAAAAGAGAAAAUGAAAAAACACACAAUGAUGUUGAAGAUAUUUGCAGUGAAAUGAAAGAAAAUUCAAUUAUAAGUAUCCCCGAAAGAAUGCAAAAAAAAAUUAUAUCGAAUGAAUUAAAAAAUGAGCGUAUAAAUGGUGACAGAAAUAAUGUAACUGGAAUGAGGAAUGACAAAUCCCAUACGGAUUACAAAACUGGGGAAAUAUUGGAUACACAUAUUUAUGGUAAGGAAAAGAAAGAAGAUGAAAACGUUGGCAAUAAUGCUGAAAUUGGUAAUGAAUCAUUGAACAACCUUACCGAAGAAGAUGAAAAAAAUAAUGAGGUUAUAAGGAAAGAAGAAAAUACAGAAAUAUCCACUUCUAAUGAUUUGGAAUUAAAAAUUGACAAAGAAAUUGAAUUGGGGAUAAAAAAAAAAAAAAAAAAAACAAUGUCAGAAGAAAUUCGAAAAAAAUUAUCAGAAUUAGCUAAAUUGCGAUGGAGAAAUGAAGAAGAGCGAAAAAAACUUUUACGGUGUAAAAAUAAAUUUAAGCAUUCGGAAAAAACAAAACAACUAUUGUCUUAUAAAAUAAAAUUAAAAUGGAAAGAUGAAAAUUACAGAAAAAAUGUUAUGCAAAAAACUCUUGUUUUUAAUCAAGAUGAAAAUACGAAAAGAAGAAAAUCAUUAAUAUUAAAAGAAAAAUGGAAGCUAAAAGAAUUCCGAGAAAAAAUGUUAUGCAAUAGAAAGCCUUUUAGUGUAGAAAGAAGGAAAAAAAUUUCUGAUAUCAUAAAACAAAAAUGGAGAGAAGAAGGAUAUAAAAAAAAAACUUUGGACGCUAUAAGGGAAAAUUACAAAAAGAGAAAAUUGAAUGCUGGUUUAAACCCAAAUCUUAAUUACAUUCAAAACCUAAUUAUGUUUAAGCAGCUUGGAAUUAGCGCCCCCAAAAUACGACAAUUCCCAGAAGUGCACAAAGAAAAGCUAAGAGGAAAAAAGAAAAAAAAAAAAAAAAUCAAAAAAAGCUAUAAGGAAAACUGGAAAAAUAUUUAUGAUAGUAUAUUAGACAAAAAUGAAUUUCGCAACCCAGUACCAUAUCUAGGUAGCAUAGAUCAUUUAAGUGUCAGUAUAAACAUAUAG